AUGGCGGACACUAGACCAGCUGAAAAAGAUGAACAGCAGAAACAAAACGCGCCACGCAAGGUUAUGGAAGAGCGUGUCAAAGGCGUGGUUAAGUGGUUCAAUGUGAAGGCUGGAUAUGGCUUCAUCAACCGUCAGGACACAUCCACGGACAUAUUUGUACACCAGUCAGCAAUAUCACGUAACAAUCCAGAGAAGCUCCAACGCUCACUUCAGGAGGGAGAAGAGGUGGAGUUUUAUGUUGUUGAAGGAGACAAAGGCGACGAAGCAUCCGAAGUGACAGGCCCCGGGGGUGAGCCUGUUAAGGGCAGUGUGUACGCGGCUUUGCGUGGACGUGGACGCAGCCCGCGGAUAUUUAACAUGCGUGGGAGAGGUCGCGGAAUGGGACCUGGCGGAUUCUCCAGCAAUCAAGAUUUCGUGCCUUACUACGGUCCUCGAGGUCGAGGCCGCGGCCGUGGGGGCUCAGAAAUGUACGGAGGUGGUUACGAAUUUAUGGAUCGCGGUGGGAGAGGCCGUGGGUUCCGUGGACGUGGAAGGCCUCGUGGUCGUGGGUUUAGAGGAUCCGGUGGAUUCGAGUCUCGGGGUCGUGGCGGCCCUCGUGGGGGAAGGGAUAAUUAUCAUAACGGGGAUGGCUCACCGGAUAUGCGAGACGCUUAA